AUGGGUUGUUGUUCAUCGCAAACGCAAAGCACUCUAAAGCCCCUAAAGAAUGGUAAUCUAUUGGCGGCUCAAUCUAUGAAAGUGACCAAAAGUGGUCAUAUCAUAAACUCUAAACCCGUCCGCAAACUUAUGCUUCAGAAAGAGGCCGAUAAGAUAGCCCGCGACCCCUCCUGUGGUCAGGACUUCCAAACAGUCUUCAAUCUGCCUCUGAGUGCGUGCAACAAAUUGACUAAAUUUGUGUAUUUGUCGGGAAUCGCUUCACUCACUAAAGAGAAUCUCGAGAAACUUGGGAUCACUUUAAUAAUUAACGCCACAUAUGAAUGGCCUAACAUUGAAGUCGAAGGCAUCACUUGUUAUAGAGUUCCCGUGGACGACGGAGAGAAUGACGACAUCUCCGUAUACUUCGAUGAGGUCUGCGAUAAGAUUGAAGAGAACGCCCAAAACGGAAACAAGACUUUAGUGCACUGUAUGGCGGGUGCGAGUCGUUCAACAACUCUUGUGUUGGCAUAUCUCAUGAAAUACGAGAAAAUCAAUCUCAAGAAUGCCUUCAUUUCGGUUAAGAAGCGCAGAGAGACUGCUCGGCCUAACAAAAUCAAUCUCAAGAAUGCCUUCAUUUCGGUUAAGAAGCGCAGAGAGACUGCUCGGCCUAACGUCGGCUUUUGGGAGCAACUCAUCAAAUAUGAGAUCAAAAUCAAAGGCCAGGCGUCCGUUAAGAUGCUUCACAUGACAGUCGAUACCGUACAGGUGGCAGUCCCUGACUUCUAUGAGAAGGAUUACCCGGAUUUGUAUAAAAGAGAAAUUGAAAAACAAUUCAAAGACGGGAAAGACAAACUUAAUAAUCUGAAGCCUAAAUCACAAAAACAAUUCAACGCUCAAACAAAUACUUAUGAAUAG